UUAAUUAUACUACCCCUUAAUUCCACAUAGAAUCUGCUUUUGUCUUUAAAAGAAGGAAAUAUAUUCCAAAACACAAGAAGAUAAUGAGGAGCACAAAUCAUACUUUUCCACCUUAAUUAAUUAUUACUCACUAUUAGACACAAUCUCCCAUUUAAUAUUUAUAUAUAAACUCAAAGUUUGAGCUUUCUUUCUCUCCUCUAUUCCCUGAAAACCAUAAUUUUUUCUAAAAUAACAUCCCUAAACACUUCCUAGAAAAACAUAUAGCUAUUAAACUUUGUUUAAAUUUUUAUUCUUAGUUUCUUACUUAGAAAAAAUGGAAAUGGUGUAUUACCAAGUAGGAAGGUCUUCAUACCAAGAUUUACUCAAGGAGCUAGAAGCUGAUAUACAACAUGCUAAUGCCCUGGUAGCUGCAAUUCCAAAACCAAAAAAAGGUGUUUGUCUUCAUAUGAAAUUGGAGUACAAUCAAUUGUCACCUUUGCUUUAUCUUUUGCUCCAAUGGCUUGAUAGUUCUUGUUCCUGCUUUUUUCCUCUUUACUUCAAUCUAUUUAACAUUCUAAUAUAUGAGGUUUAUCCAGAUGGAAGAACCAAUAUAUCCACCCAAGGAAGCAAGGCAACAGUUACAGAAUUCUAUGCUAUCAUACUUCCUUCCCUAACAAGGCUUCACAAUGAUUUGGUGGAGCGCGAAAGUAGAAUGAAUUUGACCAAGAAAAGUGGUGGCAAGGAGAAUUUAUUAGGGCAUGGUAAUGGUAGGCUUCAAAAAGUGAUUGAUCAAGAAAGAGAGGAUGAAUGUGGGAUAUGUUUGGUGCCGACUACUAAAAUGGUCUUGCCCGGCUGCUGUCAUGCAAUGUGCAUUAACUGUUACCGCAACUGGAAUACAAAGUCUGCAUCAUGCCCCUUCUGCAGAGGAGGAUUAAAAAGAGUAAAGUCAGAGGAUUUAUGGGUUCUGACAAGUGAAUCUGAAGUAAUAGAUGCAGAGGCAGUAUCAAUAGAGGAACUGUCAAGAUUUUACCUCUAUAUUCAAAGUUUGCCAAAGGAUAAAACAGAAGCUCCUUUCUGGGUUUACUAUAAUUACUUAACAUAAUCCAUGUAUUUAAGAAGAAUUUAGUCAUAUAACUGAGAUUAGUUUCAAGCUUUCUGUACUUCUGCCAAAAGGGUUGAUAAAUCAGUCAGAAAAUUGUACAGAAUAAGGUAAAAUUAUUCAUCUGAAAUCACCAGAAAAAGCCAGAUGUAAAUUAUGUACAGUAAAAAAAACAUAUCCAAAUUUUCUUCUUUCUGUCUCACUUAAAAGGCAAAAAGAAUGAAAAAUUAAUCUUCCAACAUGUAAUUAAAAUCUCAGCCUAGCAAUUGCCAAGGUAUACAUACAGAGUAUUAGUAUAA